UUUUGUCAGAGAUCUUUUGAAACACAGCUCACAACACACUCCAUUGGGUCUAUAUAUAUGUAUAGAAAGGUUUUAAUAUCGAAACACACUUAGAAUGGAAUGAAAUAUUGAUGUGCUGAGAAUAUAUACCUGGCUAUAAACUUAUUGAAUACACUUUAGAAUAACUUGUUUUAAAAGGAUACAAUAUCUGUUUUUUAAUCUGGAUUAGUUGUCAGUGCAGUUCUGUUGAAGAGUCAUUUAUUUUGUGUAAAUUUACAGUGCCAUAUCUAAAGUAUCUUGCCAUUGGAACUUUGAUUAACCUGGCCAUCUACAUGUGUAAUUAGUUUCAUAUAUUAUUUAUGUCUUUCUAGUCGGACAUAUUGGUGCAUUUGUUGUUGAUUUCUUGUCAGCCAUAUUUGUGCAUAAUUGUUAACUUCCAGUCUGACAUAUCUGAACUGUUGUCGAUUUCCAGUUGAACAUAUCUGAAUUGUUGUUGAUUUCCAGUUGAACAUAUCUGAAUUGUUUUUGAUUUCCAGUUGGACAUAUCUGAAUUGUUUUUGAUUUCCUGUGGACAUAUCUGAAUUGUUUUUGAUUUCCAGUUGGACAUAUCUGAAUUGUUGAUUUCAAGGUGGACAUAUAUCCAAACAUUUGUUGAUUUUAAUACAUAUUUGUGAAAAAUGAUGAUGUCAGUGAUAUAUAAUGGUAUGUCCUAUGAAGAUGGUGACAUUGAGGAAGAUAACAAACAGAACAAUAAUAUAACAGGGAUACAAACCAUAUCACAAACAGUCGAUCAUGGUCAGGGUGUCCUCAGUAGACAAAAGUCAAGAAAUAGUAGGACAAAUUCUGACAACUCUAGAACAAGCUCUAGAGACAUUCAGUAUGGGAAUAAUGGACAAACAAAUGGAGUGUAUAUACAGACUAUAUCUUAUACUGUUGACAGUUGUGUUAAUAAUAACAUUUUUACUCCUAUUCCACAAACAGAACCACCAAGACCCCCACCACCUAUUGUAGGUAAAGUUACACACUACAGUAUAGAAUUAUAUUGGGAAGAAGCCUUAGCCAAAGCUUAUGACGGUACUACUAAAGAUGCUGGCAGAAUUAAAAUUUGUUUACAAGAAGAAGAUAAACACAAUUCUUGGGGAAACAUAUACACAGGUUAUGGUAAGCGACAUACAGUUACGGGACUGGACCAUCAGACAGAAUACCAUUACAGAAUACGAUUUAUGAAUAACUAUGGCAACAGUGAAUGGAGUGCUCAUGUCAAUGUAUCAACAACAAAGGAGCCUCUGACAGGUGAACAUUUACAUAGAGCUAUUAUGAGAAAAGAUGUUGAGGAAAUAGAAAAGAUUUUAGACACAGGAUUUUACCAAGGGAGAGAUGUAAAAAUAGAUGUUCCAGAUAAAUAUGGCUUUACUGGUUUGAUGCAGGCCUCACAGAAAGGUUUUAUUGAAGUUGUGGAAUGUUUGUUAAAUAAUGGUGCUGAUGUCCAUUCAAAAAAUGAUGCAGGGAAAACAGCUCUUAUGUUAGCUAGUUAUUCUGGUCAGUUAAAAGUUGUCAAGAUUUUACGAGAAGCAGGGGCUAGAUAUGAUGAUUUUGACCGAGGUGGAUCUACUUCAUUGCAUUGGGCAGUAGAUGGAGGGAAUACAUAUUUAAUAGAAUGGAUGAUACAGGAUGGGGCUGAAGUUAAUAUACCAGAUCAUAAUUGUGGAUGGACACCAUUGUUAAGAUGUGCAUCAGUAAGUGGUAAGAGAGAUGUAGCCUAUUCACUACUCAGUAAAGGUGCCGACAUAAAUAAACAAGAUAGAGAUGGCAAAACUGCAUUGAUGAUAGCUAUAAUUAACGGCCAUCUUGAACUUGUGGAGUUACUGUUAAAAAGAAAUGCAGACUUAACUGUCAAAAAUGAGUAUGGGAAAACAGCUUAUCAGAUGGCACAGUCAAUGGAAAAAAGGCGGAUAUUGCGCUCCUUAGAUGAACAUGUGGAAUAUAAAGGACUGAAAGGAAUAAAAAUAUGAUUUCUGACCUGAUUUUAGCAUUUGACAUUGGGUAAAACUGCAAUAUAAUAUAUAUUACAAACAGCAGUGGAGUGCCAAACACAGAGUCAUCGAACUUUUAUUCACUUCUUUGAAUACAGCUUCUUCUUCAGUAAUUGAGAUAGCUAAUUCAAAUUCAAAGAUGAAUGGAUCCAGCAAGUCAAAAACUCCAUUAUUGACAAUUCAGGAUGACUACCACUUGCACGAUAUGAGUAACUUAGAUGCAAGGAUAAAAUUUUAUAAUCAAACAUUUGAAUCAUUAUAUAUGAAUAUAACUUACAAUGGUCCUUUCAGAUUGUUUUCCAUGAAGUUUAAUAUUUUGAAUUUAUCAAAUUAUUUAUAUGAAUUUUUCAUGUUAAAGGUCAUAAGCCAAAUUUUAUGAUAUCUUCUAUUGAAAAAUGCUUUUGUUAGUUUAAGGUAUUUUUUAUUUGAAUCAAAAGCAGUGGGUUCUGUUGAUUAAUUAUCACUCAUUUCAGUAGAGCAUGCAAACAAAAAUCUUUAAGAAAAAAACAGAAAUUGGCAUAACCUGUCUUUCAUUUUCUUCUUACAAAAAACCAAUCUUCAAAUUUCUAGAAAAAAAAAGAAAUGUUAAAGUUUGUACAUAGUAUAAACCAUAUCGAAUGAAUUCUAGUAUAGAGUAGUAUAUAACUGGUAUGAGUACAUGCCAUUGUUUAUUUUGGAUGUAGUUUAUACAUUUUAAUGGCAAAUCUGUCCCAAACUUAUUCCAAAAAAAACAGUUGAACUUUUAUAAGUGACUUUAUAAGACGAAACAAAAUGAAAGGAUCUGGAUAUAUUAAUACAGUGUUGUUUUUUGUAUGCAAUAUAUAUAGAAUAUGCAAUUUCAAAUACAGAAUCAAAUGUAUGGUUGGGGUUUUGAUUGGAUCAUGAAGACACUGUGUACUUUACCAAAUGUUUGGUUGGGGUUUUGAUUGGAUCAUGAAGUCACUGUGUACUUUACCACACCCUGCAUAUAUUGUUUUGAUUUUGUCCUUCACCUCCCUUCAAGUUUUAAUGGAAGUACUUUCUAACCCUUGACCCCCAAAACAUCAAGCUCUUUCAGAGUCCAGAUUUAAAGAAAAACUAUGUAUGACCUUUACAACAAUUGAAAAAUUAUUUUAUAUCUUUAGGAAGCAUGUGAUUAAAUUCUAGUAAGACAUGUAAUAAGAACUAUGACAUUUGGUUGUAUUAUAUAGUAACACAUUGAGGUUUAUUUGUUCAGAAAUAUAUUUUUAAAAUUAAUUUUCUGAAGUGCAGCUACCUGGUAUUAAAGGGUAGCAUCGAGGUGUUUAAGGAAUUUUUAUUGGAUCAAACUGAAUAAACAAAUUGAUUUAUGCAAAAACAAAAAAAAUAUAAAUGUUAAAAUAAAGCAUGAUUGUCUUUCAAUUUUUUCUGAUGUAGAUAAUUAAACGAAGAAUAUAAAUACUUAAAUAGUUUGGUGUGGACUUCCUUAUCCAUCAAUAUGAAACUUGUGAUUGGAGAAAAUAGUGAUGAAAAUAUUGUUUACCUCAACCCCUUGCUGACAUGAACAGGUGGGAGUGAUAUUUUAAUGUUAACAUUGUAAGCCACAAGUCAAUACAAAAAAAAAGUAAAUGGGAGAAUAACACUUCUUAAAAUUAAAUUAUGAAUUAUUAUAGAAAUUUACCCUUAUUUCCUUGUCAUGGUAUUGUCUUUCUAGAGGAGAAAAAAGAUCGUGCAAGAACUCUAUCUUGUCCAGUAAUCCUUGUUAGGUCUGUUAAAUUUAUUCACUGUGAAUCACAUAUUUGUUAAACACAGGGGUUAUUUAGGCCUAGACACAUUUCAAAGACACUUAUCUAUAGUUGAAGAACAUAUGGUUUCCUCAUGUUUUUGGGUUGCUGUCUCAUUGAUGUAUACCUUAUAUAUCCUAUUUUUCAUAUGAAAUUGAAAAAUUAAAAAAACUACAAUUUUUAGUUUUAUAUGGGACUCUUUUUCAAACUUCAUUGGUAGACAUAAUGUUUGACAUAUUAAUAUUACUAAGUAGUGAUAUAAUACACUUGUAACACAGUUAGGACCAAUCUUCUUUGCAUUUAUUAUGAUUUUAGUAAAUGUGUUAAAAUAGCGAAUUUGUGUCAAAGUUGUUGUGUUUUAGUUAUUUCAAAAUAUUUAUUAUUAAUAAACUGUUGCACUGUUAUCAAAUUAUUUGUAUUACAUUCUUAUAUUUGAAUGAUCAUUAAUUUCUAUUUUAAUAGAAGUGAGUGAGCAUUUUAUAAUUAUCAUAAAAUGUAAAACAUUGUGUUAUUUUAGAAAUGGUGUUGAAUCAGAUUUAACAGUUAUUGUUUCAUUUAUACUAUCAUUCAUUCUGGAAAUAAACUUUUUAGGUAUAUUAACUGAAAGUGCAAGAAAACUACUAUCAUUUCACCUUCGAGGUCACUUAAUACAUUGUAAAAGUUUACAGGGGUUAUUUUUAUGAAUGCUAAGAUGCAAAAUUGUACAAAUAUAUGCAAGUCCGUCUGAAUAAUUUCUCAGCAUGAUUGUAAUGUACGGCUAUAUGAAGCCUUUAUUUUAAUUGUUUUUUUUGGAAGCUUUGUAUGUAAAAUCUUAAUGAAGCUUUGUAUGUAAAGUCUUAAUGAAGCUAUGUAUGUAGUCUUAAUGAAGCUUUGUAUGUAAAGUAACACAUAGAUGUGGAAUAACCAAUCAUUUUGUUCAGAAUUUAAGGUUUUAUAUUAUAAUUCAUAAACAACUGUUAGUAUGUACCUACUAAUAUAUGCUAAGAUACAAUUCUUGUGGUAUUAAAAGCUGUAAUUCUGCAGGAAAAAGGAUUAAUUCAUUUACCUUGCUUCUACAUUUUGCAAUAUCUUUGUGGUUUUAUUAUGUAUUUAAAUGUAUCUGCAAUAUAUUUACUCAGUUCAGGUAUUUAGACUACUCAAGAUUUGUACUCAAUAUAUGCAAUAUUGAUUUGUGUUGGUAAUGCUGCUUUUGUAGGUCCUACCAAGGAGUAUAGUACUUAUAUAGUGAUGCAUGCUUAAGGGGCAAACUACCACUUUCCAUUUGAUUUAAAUACAUGUGUUGACAUACAUGACUUCUUGGUCAUUUAAUGUGUAUCUAGUUUAUUCUAAUACCACAGAAAUAAAAGAUAAUUUUCCAAAUGUAGCAUCUAACUUGAUCUAAAAAUAACUGAAAGUAAGAGUGAACUAUAAUUCUUUGUGAGCUGUCACAGCUUUUCAGAGGUUAUGUCUCAUGUAUGUCUAAGCACAUGCACUUCAUAAAUAUAAGAUUCCUCUCCAAUCAUAUUAUGUAUGUUAAGUAAAUGAAUACUGUUGAUCUCAUCAUUGUACAACAUUGAGAUAGUCAUACUGCUGAUGAAUUUAUAUUUUUUCUACAUUCCAUUUUUGUCCAUGCCGUCCUUGAUAGAAUUGUUCCGUCCUAGAACCAAAUAUUUACAUUCCAUUUUUGUCCAUACCGUCCUUGAUAGAAUUUUUCUGUCCUAGAACACAAUAUUUACAUUCCAUUCAUAUAUAUGUAAUUUUAAUGAUAAUAAUUCUUGAUAAAUAUUUUUGUUUAUGUAUAUGUUAUUAUUACAAUCUGUCAUUAAUAAAAUCAAACAUUCAUGUUA